UUUGCUUAAACGCCAACCCUCCUCGCUCUCUCCUCUCUCUCUCUCUCCCUCCCUCUCUCUCUCUCUCUCCUCGUAGCGCUUCUCAGCCUCUAAAUUUCCCCACUCAGAUAUUUCUUCCUCUCUGUUUUUUCUUACUCGACCACCCACCCAACUAAACUUACCCACCACCACCUCUUCACUUCGUUCACCUCCCUUCUUAAUGGAUUCCCGCUCAUCAUCCGACGGUCGGAGUUUGACUCCGGACUCACUCUCUCCCACCUUCUCCUCAUCCUCAGCCGUCCAUCGCGCUCUGGAACUCAUCCAAUCCGACGACCAGGAUUCCAAGCUCCAGGGCGCCCAGGAAAUCCGGCGCCUCACCAAGACCUCGCAGCGGUGUCGGCGCCAGCUCUCCGACUCGGUGGGCCCACUCGUGUGCAUGCUCCGCCUUCGUGACUCGCCCGAGUCCCAUGAGUCGGCCCUACUCGCCCUCCUCAACCUCGCCGUCAAGGAUGAGACGAACAAAAUUAAGAUAGUGGAAGCUGGCGCUUUAGAGCCAAUAAUUGCUUUCCUUCAGUCACAAAGUUCCACCCUGCAGGAGUAUGCAACUGCAGCUCUACUCACUCUAUCAGCUUCUGCCGUCAACAAGCCAGUUAUUGGUGCUUCCGGUGCCAUUCCUCUUCUCGUCGAAAUCCUUAGACAUGGCAGCCCACAAGCUAAAGUUGACUCAGUAAUGGCGCUUUCCAAUCUCUCAACACACCCUUCUAAUCUUAGCAUCAUUCUUGAAGCAAAACCAAUUCCGUCCAUAGUUACUUUGUUAAAGCCCUGCAAGAAAUCUUCAAAAACAGCUGAGAGAUGCUGUGCUCUGAUAGAAUCUCUGGUGGGAUUCGACGAGGGAAGAACUGCCCUCACGUCUGAAGAAGGCGGAGUGCUUGCAGUGAUUGAGGUGCUUGAAAAUGGAUCGCUCCAAAGUAGGGAGCACGCUGUAAGUACUCUACUAACAAUGUGUCAAAGUGACAGGUGCAGAUAUAGAGAAGCGAUUCUUAAAGACGGGGUAAUCCCUGGACUUCUCGAGCUCACAGUUCAAGGAACGCCUAAGUCUCAGACAAAAGCGCAUACACUUUUGCGCUUAUUGAGGGAGUCUCCAUACCCGAGAUCAGAGCUUGAAGCAGACACUCUGGAGAACAUUGUAUGCAACAUCAUCUCUCAAAUUGACAGUGAUGAUCAGUCCAGUAAAGCGAAGAAAAUUCUGGCCGAUAUGGUUCAAGUUAGCAUGGAGCAAAGCUUGAGACAUUUACAGCAAAGGGCUCUGGUAUGCACAUCGACUGAUCUGCCUAUCAGUACUUGCACCUCUGAAGUAUCUUUGAAAUGACAGUUUUUCGUUUGAUUAGCUUCGUCUUUCUGACGCGGGUCCUGUGAGAUAAAAUUUCGAUGCUGUACUAGAACAAAGAACAAAGAAUGAUAUGGUAAAAAUGAUGCCAGUCCAGGCCUCUGCGAAGUCGGGUGACUGGUAAGUAUCAAUAAACUAGACAAUGUAUGAGAGUUUGAGAGAAAAUAUUCUAUUAGUUGGUUUGUAAAGAACUGUUGGAUCCUUUAGUAUAAUAAUCUACUGAAAGCUUUACAUA